AAAUAUCAACAACGUUAGAUUUGGAAGUUGACAAAACUACAGCAGUUCCUGCGAGGACAUUGAAUUUCUCUAUUGCUAAAAUAAUGGAACCAGAUACGAAGCUGAAAGAAAAGGAAAUUGACAAGAAUGACGAAACGAUGGAGUUUUAUCAUCCAAGUUCUUUUGAAUCGGCCUUCAAGAAAUAUGUACCCAAUGUUCUCAGAUCACCUGAACUAUUGAAUAACUUUCCUCUCAUCUAUUAUCAUCCGAAUCAAUUCAUGCUGGGUUCAGUUUCAGUGUACACAUCUCAUCCUGAGGAAAAUUCCGCUGAGAUAGGAACCAACAAUCCUGGGGUCAGUGUUCUACCUAUACACCUGAAUUCGAUUAAAUCUAGUCAAACUAGGCUGAAUCAAAAAACUAGUAUAAUAGCUGAACCUACCACUACAUCAAACAUUUUAACACCUAAACAGAAGAGUUUCGAAUGUGGAGAAUGUGGUAAAGUUUUUAAUGCUCACUAUAACCUCACUAGGCAUAUGCCUGUUCACACAGGUGCACGACCAUUCGUUUGCAAGAUUUGUGGAAAAGGUUUCAGGCAAGCAUCAACCCUGUGUAGGCAUAAAAUCAUACAUACUUCCGAAAAACCACACAAAUGCCAUACUUGUGGCAAAGCAUUCAACAGAUCUUCAACGCUCAAUACCCAUGCUCGUAUACAUGCUGGAUAUAAACCAUUUGUAUGCGAAUUCUGUGGUAAAGGUUUUCACCAGAAAGGUAAUUAUAAGAAUCACCGCUUGACACACAGCGGUGAAAAGGCUUAUAAGUGUUCAGUUUGUUCGAAAGCCUUUCACCAAGUUUAUAAUCUUACUUUCCAUAUGCACACUCACAAUGAUAAAAAACCUUUCACUUGUCGAGUCUGUGGUAAAGGAUUCUGCAGAAACUUUGAUUUGAAGAAACAUAUGAGAAAACUGCAUGAAAAUAAUGGAAACUGUUUUGACUAUAUCUCCAGUUCUCCGCAAGUAACUUCUACGUCCCCGUUUUCUCCUGAAAGAAAUGUUCAACAUUUUGUUAGUCCAUUCAUUCGACCACCUAUGACAGUUCCUAUUUAUUCAUCAAAACUAUUAUGACCUACAUACUAGUAUCUCAGAAUGAGUCGCCGAGGUAGAACACAUCCAAUUCACCUGGACAAAAUAUUGAAGAAUUCGUUACCCUCAAGAUUUUUUCUAAUCA